AUGGAUCAUUUCAUGUGUAUAAAAUUUGGUACAUUACGGACAUUUUAUCCAGAUGAAUUGGGCAAACUUACAAAAUACGAAUUUGAUAAUAAUGGGAGUAUUAGUAAUUAUUGCCCUAAUGUAGGUUCAAAAAAUAAAUGUGAGACUGAUCUCGAUAAAAUUAAGGCUGGAUUUAUAUGGUUAUUUGAACAAAAUAUUGUAAGUAGGAUUAGUGAUUUAAGCACAGAACAGAUUGACAUAUUUAUUAUAUACAUUAUGAUAUGGUUCAAUUAUAUGUUAAGACUAAAAUCAUAUAAUAACACCAACAAUCUAAAUGAUUUUUAUACUAAAUAUACAGAAGAUAAUACACAUUAUAAUUAUUGUAAAAAGCAUAAUGAUGAUUGUACUAUUACAUUAAAAAGUAAACUGGGAUAUAAUAAUUUUAAGGAAAUCAUAGAUAAAAAAAAGGAUUUGUUGAAUAUUAGUUUUGAAGAUAUGCCUAAAUUUUAUGAUGCAUUUAAAUUAUUAUGCAAUAUGUAUACUGAAUUUAAUGAAAACGAUCCAAAAUGCACGGAAUAUUUGAAAAUAGCUAAUCAAUUUGUUGAAAAAUAUAAAGAACUUAAUGAAAAUUCUGAUAUUACUGAAGGUAGUCCCUAUUAUCAAAUAUGGUCUACUUUAUCAAAUGAUUAUGAUAAUUUUAAAAAGAAAUGUAAUGAUGUUAAUUGUAACGGUUUUCCACUCCUUCCAGAGAUAAAAACAUCACAAAUUCCUAUAAAAGGUUCUGAAGAAAUUGUACAAAAUUCUGAAGUUACAUCAUCAAGUCCAUCGAUAAUAAGCAAAUUAAUUCCAGUUUUGUCGAUAUUUGCUGCAAUACCAAUUUUCAUGGGAAUUGGUUAUAAGUAUUCGUUAUUUGGAUUUCGGAAACGAUCUCAAAAACAACAUUUAAGAGAAAAGCUAAAAAAAAUAAAGAGAAUGGAUCAUUAA